AUGAAUAUUUCAUCCGGAUGUAGUACUAGUUUUGUGUCCUCUUCACAUGAUCGCAUUCGGAAGCCAAGUCAUGGCUUCCACAUCUCUGGCCGAAACAAAGGUAUCCGUGAAAUCGAUCUAAGUUUAGUUUUUGGCAAUUCGACAUUGCUUUCUAGUAGCACGUGUAAGAGUGCAAACGCGAAUUCUCAAUUUGACAAUGAAAUACAAGGUAUGCUCGCGCUCAUUACUUCCUUUGACCUGUCUCGCAAUGAAAUCGAGCACUUAAAUAACCUUUGUGCCCUACGCUCCCUUUGUGAACUCGAUGUCAGUUACAACCUUAUCAGCCAAAUCACAGGCUUGCCUUCGACGCUCACUCGCUUAAACCUUUCUCAUAAUAAGUUGCGAAACCUUGAUGGUGUGUCCUCACUUCUGCAUCUUCGUGAUCUUGAUGUAAGCUCAAAUCGCUUGACUAAUUUUAUGGGUUUAAGUUCGCGACUGCCUCUGCAAACCCUCAGGGCUGACGACAAUCGCAUUGUAAGUACACUUGGAUUAGAAGAAAUGCCACAUUUGCGCCUUUUGUCCAUGUCAAACAACUUUAUUGAAAGUGUCAAUGAGCUUCUGUUUCUGCAACGGGCUGUUUCUUUGCAGUCACUGAACUUGAGAAAUAACCCAAUUGCACAGUUUAACGGGUAUCGCCAGCUGGUGGCACAGAGGCAAGUUGCAUUGUUGACCUUGGAUGAAGAACCGAUCCUGCACUAUCCUGAUCGCGUGAGCACUGGUGAUUAUAAGGGACUGCCUGUGGCAGAAGUUGAUCCUUCUCCCGCCGCCACGGAAAUCAUUACCAAAAGAGGUAGAACAAAAUUAAAUAAGAUUGAAAGUAUGACACCAGAGAGCGCAGAAUUUGGAGUUCGAGAUAUCAAAUUCGAUAAUUCGUCUCCUAAUGAUGCAUGGUUUCAGCACGAUAGAAGCCAAGACGUUGGUAGAUCUGUCAUUACCCCAGAACGCCAACAGCUCCCCAAAUCACUUGGGCGACAUACAUCCACGGAACAGAUGGAGAGCCCCGCACCGGUUGCUAGUGUUCACCCGCCGGAGCCUAUUCUGAUGAAUUCAAAGCCUACUUUUAGUGAAGACCCCAAUGAAAGUCAUCCAAUGAAGGUUGGAACACAAUCGUUUGCAAACGCGCAAAUCUGCACAAGCCCCCUCAAUAGCUAUACGAAGCAGUUCCUGGCUACUAGAACACCUCAAUCGUGUUCCGUGCAACAAACGAUCUGCGCUGUCACACCCGGGUCUCUCUCCUCAUCCCGAAAGCGCUCUGCAGUAGCGAAAGCGACGCCCAAGAACCGAAGUUUGCUUCCACAGCAACGACAACGUGAUUCGAGAGAGGAUGGAUCCGAGAAGUGCAGUAACGAAAGUAGGGUGAGUCCUCACAAUAGUUUUACUUCUUCAUCCGCGCAUCGACACGACUUAGUGGGGGACCACUCAACGAUGGCACGUCUUCACGACAGUUUAGUAACUCAAGAGCAGCUAAAAAGAGACAAUCAGAUGCUCCGGGCCAAGCUAAAAAAUGUAGAAGAUCAACUUUCUGAGUCCCGAAGAGUUAUUUCGGAGCAACUUAGUAAGCUAUCUAAUAGUCGUGUGGCAAUCGACGCUCUGCGGCAUGCUGAAUCUGAUCUCAAAGAGCAGCUUGAGCGUUCGAAGCGCCACGCAAAAACAGUUGAAAAUCAUCACAAGGAUGAGAUCAAAACUCUUCAAACACAGUACGAGCGCACCAAGGCCUUCUAUGAAGCACAGAUUGCAGAUCUACAGCAGCAGCUGACAGUGGAGUUGAAUCGGCCAGAGCGCCGAACAGUUAGCAAAAGCAAUGACAAGCAUACUAUAGAUUCUUCUCUACCUCUUCCUCGACCACUACCAGAUUUAAUCACUUCUGUGACCACAGAUUCGAAAAAUUUGUCAACCGCUGAGUUGUCUAGUGAUGACCCCGAGGAAGGAUUAGGAGAGCAGAAUUUAGCAAACACCACAACAGAUCUAAAUAAAUCUGCCACCAUUGUUAGGCACGCACCCUUAGAUUCACACACAUCGGCAACCAACUUGGCUGAACGGUUAAAGGCGUGGUUGCUUCAUGAACUGGUCGAGAGUGGACCUAAGGCUGAGGUAGAGGCUUCACAUGAUAAACUGAUGAAGUUUUUAAAUCUACCAAAUAAACGCUCAGAGGGCCCUGAGCAAGGUGGGGGAAAGGAGGCCAGUUUUGCUGUAGGUGCACAGGCUAUUCUUGAGGCAAUUGUUCUCAGCAAACAAUAUAGCAUUCAAAGACAAUCCGAUCCCGAUCCUACAGGGGUGGAGGAUGAAAGCAGCCGUCAUUCCCAAUCAUUACUACCUCAGGAAGCUCAACAACAUUUGACUCAAGAGGGAUCUUCCAUUAGUUGA